AUGUCGACGCCAGAACAGCCUGCCGAGCCUGUGGUCCGCGAGUGCAACAUCCUGCCUCUCGAAAAUGUCGGUCGAGUCGACCGCAUCCGAAAUUCUCGAUGCCAACUCGGGGUCAUGGAGAGUGAGCUCGAGUACCUGCGAUGUGUCCGCGAUGGACUUGAUGAAGCCAAGGAAAGGGACAGCAUUACGCACGAGGAUUUCCGGUGGGAAAUCCAGCCCCUCUUGAAGUCCUUCCGUUCAUCGUCUGCCACAAUCAGCGGAAUCAUUCUUCCUUUAAAAUAG